AUGCUGGAGAAGAACCCGAAGGGCAAGAGAUCCAAGCAGAAUCCUGGCUAUACUCACCAGGGUUUCGACAACGACCGCCUGUUCAAAGCUCUAUGCGACCACAUCCCCGGCCCAGACUGUCGGGGCUGUUACACGGCUGAUGAGGUUCAACGCGAUACUCGAGACACUACUAACCCCGAGAUCCACUAUGGGACCAUCGCAUCCGGCAACACACUCGUCAAAGACGCUGCUGCUCGCGAUCGGAUUGUUGCUGACCUCGGCGAGGAUUGCAUCUGCCUUGAGAUGGAAGCGGCUGGGCUGAUGAACCACUUUCCCUGUCUUGUGAUCCGAGGGAUCUGCGACUACGCCGAUUCUCACAAGAACGAUCGAUGGCAACGCUACGCCUCGGCAACCGCCGCUGCGUAUACAAAGGAGCUUCUGGCGUACGUUCCGGCUGCGGAGGUCAAAGAGACCAAGAGGGCACUGGAAGUGCUUCAGUUAGUUCAACGAAAGAUUGAUAGCGUGCAGCAGACGACAGUUGCAACGAAAGUUGCAACUGAUUCCAUCAGGUCUGAUCUUCGUGCCGAUAAUAUCAAGCGCUGGCUUUGUCCCCCGGAUCCGUCUACAAAUGCCAACCACGCGAGGACGCUCCGCCAUGAGGGGACAGGCGCGUGGCUCCUGGAAAACCCCGUCUUCGAGUCGUGGCACUCGGAUUUACGUCGACAUUUAUGGCUGCACGGGCUUGCGGGAUGUGGAAAGACGGUUCUCAGUGCGACUGUGCUUGACCAUCUCGCGAAGGGAAACGACGGUCUAACCCUCAGCUUCUUCUUUGACUUUAGCGACACCACAAAGCAGACAUUGGAUGGCAUGUUGCGGUCGCUUGCUUUCCAACUUUACCAAGGCGGGGUCGGCUCUGCCAUUCAUCUUGAUGCUUUAUUUCAAGCACACCAGAAUGGCAGCGACCAACCUGCGACAAAGGCGCUCUCGGAUAUUGUUUUCAAGAUGCUCGUAGUUCAGAGAAAGGUCUCUAUCAUUCUGGACGCAUUAGAUGAAUCGAAACCAAGGGAUAAUGUCCUCCUGUGGAUCAAGGACGUGGUGUCUAGGCCAGAGUUGGUCCAUGUCCAGCUGCUUUAUACCAGUCGACCUGAAUCCGAGUUUCUGCGCCACAUUCCCCCUUCAAUAGGAGAGCAAAACUGCCUACCGCUGGAUAAGCAUGCUGUCAACUCUGAUGUCCGAUCUUGGGUCAUAGCACAACUUGCUUAA